GUGACGGUGGCAGAUCAGAAACGAAACGGCGGACCAGGGUCGUUUCCGCCGUCGUGCAGAUCCAAGUGCGGGUGGUGUUCACCGUGCGAACCGGUUCACGUGCCGGUCCAACCGGGUGUGAGCAUGCCGCUGGAGUACUAUCCAGAAGCUUGGCGCUGCAAAUGCGGGAAUAAGCUUUUCAUGCCUUAAUCUGAACAGUGCACGCCAAGAACACAAGAAGCACAGCUAAAAUUCU